UGACUUGUUUUUUUUAUUCAAUUUGCUUUUAAAUACCUUAAUGAUUUCCAGAUUUUUUCCAUAAAUACAAGAAAAGAUGCAUUUGAUGUCUGGAAGACUGGAUAGAUACUAAAAGACCUCAAAUGUUGAAUCUGGUGCGGCGGCGCUUACUUCGAUUGCGUGACGAGCAGGACAAAUGGAGCGUAAGUGCUUCCGUCAUCACUACAUACCAGGGCUAGAUAAUUCACAGUUGCUCCCUCCUGCAGGGCUCAAAGAUUCCGUCUUGACAGGAAGCUAUCUGGAAAAAAAUAACAGUAAGCUGAAAUGGCGGGACUAUUCGACAAGCAAGCAAAGGCAUACUCGGACGCAAGGCCAAGUUAUCCAGCUUCCUGGUUUUCCGAACUGGCGUCUCUCACACCAAAUCACUGCCUCGCCUGGGACGUGGGCGCCGGAAACGGCCAAGCUUCUGUAGCAAUUGCAGAGCACUACGAGCGAGUGAUCGCCACAGACGUAAGCAAGCAGCAGCUGGAGCUGGCGCAAAAGCAUCCACGAGUGACAUACGCCGUUACGCCGCCCGUCCUAACGGAUGAGGCCCUGGUUUCACUUGUAGGCGCGGAAGGAUCUGUGGAUCUGGUGACGGUAGCCAUGGCGGUGCACUGUUUCGACCUUAGGGUUUUCUAUUCGCAAGUGAAGCACCUGCUGCGAAAGCCCUGGGGAGUGCUCGCCGUGUGGGGGUACCGUAAUCCGAGCGUCAGUCCGGCCGUGGACGAGGUUUACAGGAAAUUCAUGGAGUCCACAAUGGGGUACUGGAACCCUAAAACAGGGUAUCUGUUUGAAGGGUACAGAACCCUGCCUUUCCCCUUCUUGUCCGUGCUGCCCGGCGGAUCAGGUUGUGAGGGACGGCCGGUGGUUAGGCAGAUGGACCGCCAUGUGUCGUUGGAGGGCUACCUAGGGUUGCUCAAAUCGUGGUCGGCCGUUGUGACUGCGAGGGAGAAGGGCGUGGAGCUUCUGAGUGAUGAUGUUUUGGGGGCGUUCAAAGAGGCGUGUGGUGAUGAGCAUGCCAUUCGCACCUGUACAUACGAAGUCUAUCUGCUCGCCGGCACGCCGUCCCUCUGGACUCCUCCUUCCUGGUCUUGUUCAGGUUGAAAUACUGUAAUAAAUGGGACUUGAUCAUCGUGUCAAGUAUUUUAUAUCAUUAUAUUAUUCUGAAAGAAUUCUUAGUUAUUGUGAUAUUGUUAAUCGAUUUCAA